CACUAGAACUGAACUUCAUUCCCCUCGACGGUCGUCUUUUCUGAAGAUUUCGUGUUUGGCCAUUUCUUUAUCCGGGAUGAACUUGUUGAGCUGAGAACGCAGAGGCUGAUCCUUCAACAGGUAAACAGCACGCGCGCCUGUGUGGAACGUUUAGCUAAAUGUUUAUAAACUUGUCAAACAAGUUGCGGAAAGUUCGGCUGUGUUUUCCUGGUUGGGACAGCCAGCUAACGAGUGUUUUUGGGACGGUGUCAAAAGCAGUCUAACUACAGGCAGAAAGUAGCCUACUACAUGUUGCAGCCUUUCGGUGUCUGCAGAAUGGGAGCGUUUUGUAGAAAAUGAUUAAUUACCUCGCGGGUUGCAAACACGACAGCGAGCAAGCCAUCAGCAGCAGCAGAGGGAGUUGACAGCUCAAGGACCAGAAGUGUCUGCCACGGCUGUCUCAGGUCUGCUGACUGGGAGGGAGCGCGGCUCUGAAAAAAAAACAAAAGAUGGAGAACGGCGGCGGUUCGGACUCGCUGAAGGACGACGAGGAGGCUCUUUGGGAGAACGUGGAGAACCACCGCUACGUGCUGACGCGCUACAUCAACCCCAACAAGCUGACGCCCUACCUCAGGCAGUGCAAGGUGAUCGACGAGCAGGACGAGGAUGAGGUGCUGCACUCCCUCCUGCUGGUGUCAAAGGUCAACCGCACAGGGCGGUUGCUGGACAUCCUGCGUAAGAAGGGUGAGCGCGGCUACGUGGUGUUUCUGGAGAGUCUAGAGUUCUACUACCCCGACCUCUACAAGAUGGUGACCGGCAAGGAGCCCACGCGCAGGUUCUCCACCAUCGUCGGUGAGUCAGCAAAAUCCAUGGAGGAGGGCCAGGAGGGCCUGACCCAGUUCCUGAUGAACGAGGUCAUCAAGCUGCAGCAGCAGUCCAAGGCCAAGGACGUGCAGCGCGUGGACAUCCUGGGCAAGUGCCGCACGCUGGAGGACGAGCAGAAGAAGCUGCGGCUGGCCAACCAGGAGCUGCAGACCUUCCAGGAGCGCUACAACAAGAUGAAGGAGGAGCGCAACAACUACAACGACGAGCUGACCAAGGUCAAGGACGAGAACUACAAGCUGGCCAUGCGCUACGCCCAGCUCAGCGAGGAGAAGAACAUGGCCGUCAUGAGGAGCCGAGACCUGCAGCUGGAGAUUGACCAGCUGAAGCACAAGCUGAAUAAAGUGGAGGAGGAGUGCACGAUGGAGCGCAGGCAGUCCCUGAAGCUGAAGAACGACAUCGAGAACCGGCCCCGCAAAGAGCAGAUCCUGGAGCUGGAGCGGGAGAACGACAUGCUGAAGAUCAAACUGCAGGAGCUGCAGUCCAUCAUACAGCCAGGGCCGCUGCCGGACUCGGACAAGGCCAUCCUGGACAUCCUGGAGCACGACCGGCAGGAGGCCCUGGAGGACCGGCAGGAGCUGGUCAACCGCCUCUACAACCUGCACGAGGAGGUGCGGCAGGCCGAGGAGCUCAGAGACAAGUACCUGGAGGAGAAGGAGUCCCUGGAGCUGAAGUGCUCCACUCUGGUGAAGGACUGCGAGAUGUACAAGAACCGCAUGAACACCAUCAUCGUGCAGCUGGAGGAGGUGGAGCGGGAGAGGGACACGGCGUUCAAGUCGAGGGACGAAGCCCAGAAGCAGUUCUCGCAGUGCCUGAUCGACAAAGACAAGUACCGCAAGCAGAUACGUGAGCUGGAGGAGAAGAGCGACGAGCUGCACAUUGAGAUCGUCCGCAAGGAGGCCAAGAUCGUCAACAUGGAGUCCAAGCUGAGGAGAGUCAGCAAGGAGAACGGCCACGGCCUGGAGCAGAGUUUACCUCGAGACAUCCCGUCUACUAUCAUCUCCCAUGCGGCAUUGGGCCAACAGGACCCCAAGAUAGAGGGUCCAUCUGAGGACUCGGGAGACGAGUCUCCGGAAGACAACAAGUUCUUUAUGCCCGAGACCCGGUUCAAGCGCCGGCCAAACCUCAAGGGAGCAGGGGUGAGCAUUCGGAAUGAGGCCAACAGACGCAACAGACACAAGCAUUUUCUGUAUCUUUCUCUCUCUCGUCUUCACUCCUGCGCUAUCACAUUUCUUCAUUUAUUUUUAGCUGUUACGGGUUGUUUUUAUAGUAUGUCGCGUGAUGUCUCCCUUCAGAUUGGCAGAGCCAAAUCUCCUGUGAGUUCGCCCCGCGCCCCCAAUUUUCCAGGUGUCUUAAACACCAAUGCGGAGUUGCCUGAGACACCUAGCAUCGAGACAGCGGCCCCCAUCACCCCCACCACCAUCGCAGUCUGCAACUCCCCCAUCAACCCCCUCAGCACCACAGAAGCCCUCAACAAACUGCGUUACCGUAAUGCCAGUAUUGCCUCCACCGUGCCGGAGCCACCGGGGAACGCCUCUCUUGUCAGGAGAACCAAAGAGGGAGACGACGAGUUCCAGCCAAGAAGCCUCUCGAGUGUGGAUAGUGACAGUGGAGACUGCAUGGAAUUUGAUGAGGACACAGACAGAUUCUCUGCUAGUCCUCCAUCCAUCCACUCGUCCUCCUCCUCUCAUCAGUCAGAGGGCAUGGACUCGUACGAUUUGGAGCAAGUCAACAGCAUCUUCCGCAAGUUCUCUCUGGAAAGACCGUUCCGUCCCUCGGUCACCUCGUUCACCCAGGUGAGCUGUGCCCUGCGGCCCAUCCAGGACAUCUCAAUGCAGGGGGACAGCCUGCUGGCCGACGUCACCCUCAUGGGGGGCAACGACAGCGGCAUCUUCGUCUCCUCCGUGCAUCCCGACUCCAACGCCGAGAGGUCGGGCCUGAGAGAGGGGCACCACCUCUUGAUGUUGGAGGGCUGCAUCCGAGGAGAGAGCCAGCGGGUGCCCUUGGACACCUGCACCAAAGAGGAAGCGCACUGGACCCUGCAGAAAUGUUCUGGGCCCAUUCAGCUUCACUACAGAUCCAACAUCGAUGGCUAUCGUAGGCUGCAGAGGGACAUGGAGGAGGGGAAGCUGGUGUCCGGGGACUCCUUCUACAUCCGAGCCAACCUGAACGUGUCGGGCCCCUCGGACAACUGCUCGCUGAGCGUGCGCUGCGACGAGGUGCUGCACGUGCUGGACACCAUGUACCAGGGCAAGUGCGAGUGGCUGUGCUCGCGCGUGGACCCCUUCUCCGAGAAGGACCUGGAGAGAGGCACCGUCCCCAGCUACUCCAGGGCCCAGCAGCUGCUACUGGUGAAGAUCCAGAAGAUAAUGUGCCGCGGGGGACGAGAGGACGCAGACAGCCAGCGCGGCGGACUGCGGACCUCGUUAGUGCCUGAGGAUUCCACCCCUACGUCGGACCCCAAAUCCAGCCCUCGGCUGUCCCGAGCCAGCGUCUUCAUCUGUCAGAUCCUGCAGCUCGUCAGCAGGGCAGAUAACAAGUACAAGCGGCUGAACAGCAGUGAGCGGGUGCGCAUCGUCAGUGCCGACAAUUCACCGGCAUUUCCUAAACCCUACGCCGAGACCUUGAGGAAAGAUGACGCCUCAGAUCCAGAAAGUGACCUAAAGAAGAGCCUAAACCUGAUACCCUACAGUCUGGUGACCCCGUACCACUGUCAGCGCAAGAGGCCGGUUUUGUUCGCCCCCAACGCCCUGGCCAAGACCAUUAUCCAGAAGUUUCUCAAUCUGGGUGGAGCCAUGGAGUUCAACAUUUGUAAACCAGAUAUCCUUUCCAAAGAGGAAUUCCUAAUCAAGCAGAAGAUCGAAGAUUCCAUCGUUUAUUCCAAAGAGAAGCAAGGCAACACUUACGAAUGUGUCACUCCGGAGAACAUUGAAACAGUUGCCUUUAAGAAUAAACACUGCCUGCUGGAGGCCGACCUGGGAUGUGUGAAGCACCUCCUUCGUCGGGAGAUAUACCCCAUCAUCAUCUUCAUCAAGAUUAGCGAGAAAAACAUCAAGAAAUUAAGGUCGACGUGCCUAUACUUCAGGCGGCUGCCGGUGAAGAUGGACACGGAGGAGGAGUUCCUGCGCGUGUGCCGGGCCAAGGAGAAGGAGCUGGAGGGCCUGCCCUGCCUCUACACCAGCGUGGAGCCCGAGAGCUGGAGCAGCGUGGAGGACCUGCUGAAGGUCAUCAAGGACCGCAUCCUGGAGGAGCAGAGGAAGACCGUCUGGGUGGAGCAGGAACUGCUCUAGGAGAGGAGACACGAGGACUACUGUAUAGUUAGCAGAGCUGCUGUAGAGUUUAUAGUUAUGCUUAAAGUCAUCAAGGAUCACAAUUCGGGAGGAGCAGAGGAAGACCUUCUGGGUGGAGCAGGAACUGCUCUAGGAGAGGAGACUGGAGGACUACUGUAUAAUGUAUAGUCAGCAGAGCUGCUGUAGAGUUUAUAGUUACUGUAUGCUUAAAGUCAUCAAGGAUCACAAUUCGGGAGGAGCAGAGGAAGACCAUCUGGGUGUCGCAAGAGAUUCUGGAGGAGAGGGGACUGGAGGACUGUAAUGUGUAAUUAGCAGAGCUGCGGUAGAGUUUAUAGUUACUGUAUGCUUAAAGUCAUCAAGGAUCACAAUUCGGGAGGAGCAGAGGAAGACUGUUUGGAUGUCGCAAGAGAUUCUGGAGGAGAGGGGACAUGGAGCUGUCAUGUUGCUGAACCUUCUAGAACAGGAGA